CACGUGAUAACGAAUCAACGUCGGGUUGUAUGAUUUGUGCAAGUUGGGAAGGAGUAAUUGGAUGAUGGGAAUCACUUUCGGCUGUACAAGGUGGACCACAUGAAGCACCUGCGAUAGUAAAUGUGAUACUGACCUGUUCGGCGCAAUGUCGGUAACACCAGAGUUGCUGGGAAUGGUGACCGGUUACCCAAUUGUUGUCUGCAACUUAACUUCACAAGUCAUACGGUUGGUUUGCCCUCCUGGCCAAUUGCAUGCAUCCCCAAGGUCUUGGGUUCUCAAUUGCUACCACCUGGCCUUACAGCAUACUGACACAAAUUAGGAAGGAUAAUGUUCGAGAUAGAGAUGGAAUCAUGCCCUUCCGUAAAGUGCAUUCUUCUUCUUGAUUCUGAAGGAAACCGUGUUGCAGUCAAGUAUUACUCAGAUGAUUGGCCAACAAAUAGUUCAAAGUUAGCUUUUGAAAAAACUGUGUUUACUAAGACUUUGAAGUCUAAUGCUCGGGUAGAAGCGGAUAUAUCUCUGUUUGAGAACAACAUUGUUAUUUACAAGUUCGCCCAGGACCUGCACUUCUUUGUGGCUGGAGGUGAUGAUGAAAAUGAACUCAUCUUAGCUACAGUUCUUCAGGGGUUUUUUGAUGUAGUUGCCCUUCUCUUGAGGAACAAUGUUGACAAAAGGGAGGCACUUGAGAACCUGGAUCUCAUUCUUUUAUGCCUAGACGAGAUUGUUGAUGGAGGGAUUAUACUCGAAACAGAUGCCAGUGUUAUUGCGGGAAAAGUGGCGACGCAUACCAUGGAUGCUGACGCACCAUUGUCUGAACAAACUAUAACUCAAGCAUGGGCUACAGCACGUGAACAUCUGACAAGAACCCUUCUCAAUUGAUUCAUGCCUGCACAGGGAGAAAAAGGAGUUGGGUUUCUUUUGGUUGUUUAAAUUGUCUCAUCUGCAGCCUAGAAAAUAUCGUUCUUUUCCUUUGUUUAGCCGAAUUUUUGGGGCUUCUUCUUUGGUACCACUCAAAUCUUUUCUUUUUCUUUUUCUUUUCUUCUCUUCUCUCUAACCAGCUGUUUCUAUUGAUUUGGAUUUUGCCUUGCUGCCUGUGGGCCGUGGCAUGAUCAAAUAAACAAUUGAAUUUGUUGAUGAACAAUCCCAAAAGCGACAAGCACCUUGAAAAGAGACAGACA